AUGUGUGUUCUAGACUCAUUGUUUGGCAAAGACUUGGCUGAACAAGUGAAAAUUGAAGGCUCACGUAUUCCCUUGAUUGUUACAAAAUGUGUACAAGAAAUAGAAUUACGAGGCUUGACUGUAGAAGGCAUUUAUCGUAAAUCUGGUUCGCUUCAACAAGUCAAGGAUUUACAGGAUAUGAUUGAAACAAGUCAAGACGUUGACUUGUCUGAAUGUGACAUCGCUGUUGUCGCUAGCUUAUUAAAACUAUACCUGCGUAGUUUACCUGUGCCAUUGAUACCUAGCAAAGUGAUCUGUAAGUUUCAAUGCCCUCAGGAACGAUUAAACAAGACUUAUUCUUUACUUCAUGAUUUGCCAAACGAAAUAUAUUGCACCACCAAAUAUAUUGCACAACACCUGAGAAGGAUACAUGACCAUCAGUCUGUCAAUCGUAUGAAUUCAAAGAACCUUGCUGUUGUUUUUGGUCCAACUCUGAUGAGACUCAAUGAUGAUGUGACUGAAAACAAGGAAAGACAGACACAUGAGAUGAUAGAUACAAUUGAGUUCAUUAUACUUCAAAGUCAUACCUUGUUUGCUGAUUACUAUCCUUAA